AUGGGUUCAGCUGCGCAAAACCCACGAGUGCGGAAGGCUGCACCGAAAGUUAGGACAGGCUGUGGAACGUGCAGGAAGCGAAGAGUGAAAUGCGAUGAAGGCAAACCCUCUUGCAACCGCUGCAUCAGAUUCGGCGUUGAAUGCGAUGGGUAUCGCCCACCUCCCAAGAUCUUCGAGCUAAAGACCGCUCAGAAACGUGACAUCCUGCCGAAUACAGCACAGAUCAAAACAUCCAUGAGGUCGGGCAUGGCUAUGCCUUCAAUGGGCGCCCUUGCCAAUUCUCCUUUCGCUAAUAUCGAGGAGCACCAGUACUUCGAACUCUUCUGUGUCCGGACAGGCUACGAUAUCUUCCCAACUUUUGAUUCUGGAUGCACGAGACAGCGACUUUUGGAAUCCUGCCAUUUCAACCCUGCGAUUCGUCAUGCCAUCGUUGCACUUGGUGCGCUGGAUCGAACAGCGGAGAUGGUGAGCUGUUUCGAUAAGAUGAGCCUGACGCCUGUAGAGCGCGAUGCAGCUGCAAAUGAGCACCAUCAAAAUGCACUCAAGCAAUAUGUGAAAGCCGUCAAGUACAUGGCUGCUGACGCCGCGGAGAAGAAACUUGAUUUGCGGACUAUGCUCUUAACCUGCUUGCUUAUCUUGGCUUUCGAGAGCUGGACAGGAAAUAUGGAUUUGGCUGUGAAGCAGGUACAUGCUGGUAUUCGACUCAUCCAGGAGUGGAAGGAAAAUUAUAGGGACGAUGAGGAGAAGUAUACCAAGCUUUCGCCGGCGCCUUAUGUCGUUGAAGAUGAUCUUGUGCAGAUUUUCUGCAGGCUGGCUGUUCAGCACUCGUUCUUCGCCGACGGACAUUCGCCAGGUUUGCAUGCUGUGCUCGGUAUGGAGGGCCCGAGAUUCACGAGAUCGAUGCCCGAUACCUUUGAAGAUAUAUUUGAGGCCGGGAAAUACUAUAAUGGUAUCAUUCGGCGGGGCGUUUAUCUCAUCACCACCCAUUCCGCGUAUCUUGGGCCGGACGUCGAGGAGGAAUCUGAUAUCUGGCGGUGGGCGAUGAAAGAGCAGGAGGAGAUCCAGUCCGAUGUGUGGCGCUUCAACAAAGCGUUUGCACCUGUCCUGGAGAAGGUUGCUGAAGGCCCGCAGAAACAUUAUGCGCUCUUCAUCCAGCUGUCCAUGGCCAUUGGUUAUAUCGGUCUCUCGACCCAUCUUUCAAUCGACGAGUCGAUCCACGAUCAAUACAAUCCCGUCUAUAAACGGGUUGUUUUCCUCGCUAAAGCAGUCAUGCGAGAGAUGCCUGCAACAAGCAAAACCCGGCCUUCGAACUUCUGCUUCGAUACUCGAGUUAUCGUGCCACUGUGGGUUGUAGGGCUGAAGUGUCGCGAGCCGACGAUCCGGAGAGAAGCGAUUACUUUUCUGCUGGAUCAUCCGCGGCGAGAGGGAAUCUGGGAUAGUGUUUUUGCCGGGAAAGUUCUGCAGUGGGCAAUGCAGGUUGAGGAGGAGUUUAUCGUGGAUGGACAUGUGCCUACUUGGGCGAGGAUUAAAGGAGUAAAGUGGAGUGGUGCAGAGCUGGGAGCGAAGAGGGCAGAGUUGGUAUGUUUGCAGAGGGUGAGCGAGGAUAGUGAGGAGAUGAGGAGGAGGACGAAGAGGAUUACUUGGUGA